GGUGAUUUUUAUCAAGAUAACAGCUUCACCAUUGACAGAAAAGAGUUUUCUUUAGAACACUUUUGGACGACGGUUCAGCAAUCAGCGCUAUAUUUGCCACUCGAGGUUAAACGACAUGCAGUUGCUUAUUUUUGUUCUGGGAUUUUCUUCGGUGUUUGCAGCGCCGCUUGACACCCAUCAGCACAUAAUUACGGCCGUUGACCAUUCCUUCACUGAUGUUGACACGGACAGAGAUGGUAUAAUACAGUUAUCAGAACUCGAGGCCAGCUUUUUUCAUGUGGAUUUCGACGGCAACAAGAAAGUCAGCGAGAGUGAGUUCGAGUCACGUUCCACAAACCAUACAUUCAGAAAACUAGUCUUCCUAGAGCUUGAUUAUGACGGUGACGGGUUCCUUGACGUAAGCGCUAUCCAAGGAGAGUAUACAGUGAUGGACACGAACGCUGAUAACCUAGUGAGCCGACGAGAAUUUGACACGUACUAUACCAAGGUCAUAGAAACAGCUAUCGCAAAAUACGGAUUUUUGAUCGGGAUAACUCCAAUUCCACCUUCAAGCCAGUGAUCAGUGGCAGUUCGGUGACCUUUGCUUAUGACCUUUUGUGUAAAAGCCAUCAUAUCAAUAAAAUAAAGUGCGCCGACAUGGU